AUUGCCUGCCCUUCUCUGUUUGGCUGAGCUGGAACGAUUCGUCCGGGUUUGCAGCUUCAUUCGAGUUAUACUUGCUUUGUCGAGAGUCCCCCCUCCCCUUCCCAGUCCUGCCCACUGAUCUCAUUGACCGCGGCUGUGGGUUACCGGGUUGCUGCAGAAGGAGUGGCCGUGUGCACACCACCGCUUGCUGGAAUCCUUGCCUCUGCAGCAUUAGUGAUCGACCAUAAUCUAUCCAUGGACCUGAAUCAACGCGCCUGAUAAGAAAAACUUCGGGGCAGCCUCCGGGACCCGGAGCGAGCAACAGGACAGCGCAUUCCCCGAGGCCGUUGGGUGUUGGCCGGAAGAGGCAGAGAUGGGCACGGUGCUCUCCAUAUCGCCGACAUCGCGGAAAGGGGGCACCGUGGAAGAGAAAGCCGACAGCGCCCACCCGGCAAACAGCAAGGAGAAGAACCUGAAGCGGCCUUCGGUGCUCAUAUCGGCUCUGACAUGGAAGCGUCUCGUCGCCGCAUCGGCUAAGAAGAAGAACGCUAAGAAAGUGAACCCGAACCUGUCGGCGUCGCAGCCCGGGGGAAACUCAGUGGAAAAGCUCAAUAAUGAGAAUACCAAGAAGUCGCAGCAAUCCGGUUCGGAUCGGAAGGGAUCACAGAAGCCUGGGCUGCUUGCAGUACCCGUACCGACAGUCCCUAACCAGAACCCCCCGCCCGGCCAAGCCCAGAAUGUGUCACAGAACCCCAAACAGCUCAAGUCGGUCCAAAAGCAGUCCAGCGACCGGCCUCUGGUGUCUCCGAGACGCGUGAUCGUCCAGGCAUCCACCGGAGAGCUGCUGCGCUGCUUGAGCCAGUUCAUGUGCCGGAGGUGCUUUAAGCUCAAGGAGCUCAGUCCCAAUGAGAUCAUCCUCUGGUUCAGGAACGUGGACAGGUCGCUGUUGAUCCAAGGCUGGCAAGAUGAGGGAUUCAUUAAUCCCGUAAACGUAGUUUUUGUUUACUUGCUCUGUAGAGAAGCGAUCAGCGACGACAUCGACACCGAGUUUGAACUUCAAGCUGCCUUUCUGACCUGCCUCUACCUGGCUUAUUCCUACAUGGGAAGUGAAAUUUCGUACCCCCUCAAGCCCUUCCUUGUGGAGGCCAAUAAGGAAGUCUUUUGGGAGCGAUCGCUGCGGAUGAUUGAUAAGAUGAGCCCCAAAAUGCUGCAGAUCAACUCGGAUCCUCAUUUCUUCACGGAGGUUUUCCAGGACCUCAAAAACGAAGCGGAGUCGAGGGACACGAACGGCAGAUGUACAAAUAACUUGGACCGCUAAGAGAGGAAAGCAGAUAUCUCAAUAUGUAGGCUUAUUACGCUUCUCGCGUUCUCCAUGGGUGGUUGAGUCCUGGAUCCAGGCAGCAGACCUGGGAAGGUGAAUGUGCUCUGCAGCCGGCGAAUCAAAAAGACACUUUGUAUCCGUUUUUCUCAGAUAAGAAACGUUUUGUGUUGUAACAGUUUAAAACAUUACCUCAUUGCUACUGUGAAUCACAGUACAGCGGGGUUCGGGUAAGGGGCAGUCCAAUAAAUGCAUGCCUAAAGUAUUUUAUUUGUACCUUCAUUGUGGCUUUUAAAAUGGCCGUGUGGUGCAGGGGCGACAGUGGAGAAAUGUUAGCUAGUGCGUCAGUGUUUAGUUAAUUGAUUGCAAAUUUGUUUCAGUUUUGAGAGGCAGGAAAAGCGAGAAUUACGGCAGUAUGGCGUAGCUGGAGCUAUCCAAGGUGCUGGUCUGCAAUGGACACGUUGCACAAGUGCUACGUUCAAUCACACCAUUUGUUUGAACUAUGAAUGUAAAAUUUAUGACAACGGAAAAUGUCAAACUACUGUUCUAUGUGCCAACUGUUAUAGUAUAAAACUUUGUUUAUAUUGUAUAUUUAAAACAAUUAUAUAAAUGCCAAUGCUAUCUCGUCCUUUUGCGAUUUUAUUAACAUUUGUUUGGACUUUUUUUAAGUAUGAAAGGAAGGAUAGGAAGUCAAUGCAACUGGUUUCAGUGAAUGUCAGUACAUCGUCUAUGUGAAUGUGCACUACUAACAGGGCAAAGAUAGCAAUUCUCCUUACAAGCCGUAAAGGCUUAUUUUUCGUAACCAGACUGCAUUUCCUAUAGCUCUGCUGGAAUACCCUUCUCUUUGAGAUUCACGGUGCGAAGGAAUGCUUUAUCUCCUCAUCUCAGAAUCCUAUCUCUCCAUGUAGACUCGAGUAGGCUAGUUUUCUCAUUAAAUUACGGAGAUGAAACCCCGGGACGUAUUCUCAGAGACUUAUAAGGUUUAUAACGUCCGAUUACCAGUAAGAAACUGACUUCAUACCCUGAGCCUUUUAUGCCAGCAAAAGAAUAAAAUAAACAGGCGUAAGAUGUAUUAAUAUUAUUUCUGGACGUCAAACGUGCAAAGGAAGGAAUUUGUGCUUAUUUUUCUCACCCAAUGCUGUUUCUCACUUUGCCGGUUUUACCUGUAUAUUGUGACCAAGUAGAACUCAACUAAUAUUUCUACCGGGAAAGGAAAAUAAAUAUUUGAAAACGCUGGCAAAAUAUACAUUGGUGUACAGUCAACAGUUGUGAACAUUGUUCUAAACAAAGGGUCAGCAAACUGGUGGAACAAUAAAAUAAACAUAUGUAGAAAUA